AUGGCUGCUUCAACUUUAUCCUCUCCCACUCUUCCGCUUAAUACAAUUGUUCAUAUGUUAACCAUAAAACUGACUUCCUCCAAUUAUUUAUUGUGGAAAAAUCAGUUUGGCGCUCUUUUAACUAGUCAAGAUUUGUUUGGGUUUUUGGAUGAUACCGUUGCAGCUCCCUCGCAUACGACUACUGCGUCUGACGGCACUAUAACAACCAAUCCAGCAUAUACUUCUUGGCUACUCACUGAUCAGAUGUUACUCAGUUUACUCUACUCUUCCUUUACAGAAGAGUCUAUGAGUGAGGUACUGGGUUUACGUCACUCCCGUGAGGCUUGGUGUGCUCUUGAAGUCUCUUACUCUAAUCGAUCAAAAACCCGUGAAUUGCAACUCAAGGACGAACUCCAAUUGAUGAAACACGGCUCUCACCCCAUUGCUGAGUUUUGCCGCACAUUCAAAGGUCUUUGUGAUCAAUUGACUUCCAUUGGACGUCCCAUUGAUGACACCGACAAAGUCCACUGGUUUCUACGAGCAUUAGGAUCUGACUACAAGAUAUUUUCAACCACUAUGAUGUCCAUGCAUCCGAUUCCCUCUUUUGUUGAGAUUGUUCCAAGAGCUUUGAGUCAUGAAAUUUUCGAAAGAUCUAUUUCUCACUCGGUUUCCAAUUCUUCUUAUUAUGUGCACCAGUUGUGUGACAAAGAUGGGCAUACAGCUAAACGUUGUUGGACAUUCUUGAAAACUAAGAAGAAACAAUCGGCUAAUCUUGCUGAAGCAUUGUCCGCAUGUUCGCUUCAAGAUAUAAACGACUCUGAAUGGUUCCCAGACUCGGGCGCAACAUCUCAUAUGACAAGUCACGUCGACGGUUUGGAUCAAUCAGCUACCUACUCUGGUAAUGAACGUGUUACGGUUGGAAAUGAAUGUCAUGAUUGCGUCUCUACUUCUUCAAAUGUUGAUUCUUCACCUUCGAUUUCCAUUUCACCAUGUUUGCCUUGUAGUGAUUCUCUGCAUCCUAUAUCAUCGGAUAGUUCCCCAAAUUCAGAUACUUCUACUCAUGUUGAUAAUUUAUCGAAUUUAGCAGCCCCUUCACCACCUAUUCAUCCGCCUCCUCAAGUGACCACUUCCAGCCAUCCAAUGAUUACUAGAGGUAAAGCUGCAAAACACCCUGAAUGGCUCUCGGCUAUGGAUGAUGAAAUUCAAGCUUUGAAGAACAAUGAUACAUGGAUUCUUGUCCCUCGUCCACAAAAUCAUAAUGUUGUUGGAUGUCGUUGGAUUUUCAAAACCAAACUCCACUCAGAUGGGUCUAUUGAGCGCCACAAGGCCCGUUUGGUCGCUCAAGGGUUUUCUCAGAUUCACGGUCUUGAGUUUGGACAUACUUUUAGCCCUGUUGUGCGUCCUGCCACUGUUCGACUUAUUUUGUCGUUGGCCGUUACGCUUGGAUGGCGUUUACACCAGUUAGAUGUUAAAAAUGCAUUUCUUCAUGGUUUUUUGAAUGAAGAAGUGUAUAUGGAACAACCUCCGAGAUACAUCGAUCCACAAUUCCCUCAGCAUGCGGACUCCUCAUUGUUUGUUUACCACUCCUCACUUGGAACGAUUUAUCUCCUUCUUUAUGUCGACGAUAUGGUUAUUACUGGCAGUAAUCCUUCCUUGGUUCAAAACCUCAUUUCUCGGCUCUCCAAGGAAUUCUCAAUGAAGGAUUUGGGUGAUCUUCAUUAUUUUCUCGGUGUUGAAGUUCAAUCUCAUGACAAAGGUUUAUUCCCAGUCAAACCAAAGUAUGCUCUUGAUCUCUUACAGCGUGCUUCGUUGAUUGAUGCAAACCCUAUCUCUACACCCUUUGUUGUCGGUUGA